CCCAAAUCACUUCCACAGUCGAGGACUGGAACCAGAGCCGGAAGUCAACAGAGACCGCCGACUGUCGAGCUAACGUAGAGUUAAAUACAAGAAUGGCGGACGAGGAGGACGAGACUGGCUUCGACGAGGAGAUGGAGGAUGGAUGCAGCGGAGUAGAUGUCGGCCACGGGAAGAGGAAGAGGCUCUUCUCCAAAGAGCUCCGCUGUAUGAUGUACGGAUUUGGAGACGACCAGAACCCUUACACGGAGUCUGUGGAUAUUCUGGAGGACCUGGUGAUCGAGUUUAUCACGGAAAUGACCCACAAAGCUAUGUCUAUCGGACGCCAGGGCCGCGUCCAGGUGGAGGACAUCGUCUUCCUCAUUCGCAAGGACCCCAGGAAGUUCGCCAGGGUCAAAGACCUACUGACCAUGAACGAAGAGCUGAAGAGAGCCCGGAAAGCUUUCGACGAAGCAAACUAUGGCUCCUAACCUGACCGUGGGACACUUUUUGGACCUACAAUAUUUCUUUUUAAUUUCUGUUCUACUGAAACAGUCAUUCGCUCACCUGUGCUUUUGAGCAAUUAGUUUAGGCCGGACUUUCUGUCCGAAGUCAGUGUUUUUUGUGAUAUGUGAUGUACAUUAUUUUAUAUGGUGGUAUGACAGUGAUGGGCAGAUGAACAUGUCAGGCUAUCUGGGACUGUUUAAAUAAAGUAACUUACAUAUUUUCAUCAGUCUUUAUUUAAGUAGCAGAACACCCGUUCACUCUGGCAGUACAGUAUGAUACUGCCAUAUCACUGUAGAUGCAUUGAUAGCACACUCUUCUGUUUUAUCAUUAAACCAAAAACAAUGAACCACAUCAUCUUUGACUCUGGGAAAGAGUGAGUGAAAUCCCACUCACUCAAUCCUCCAAUAAUAAUAUAAUAAUAUUAUUAUUAUAAUAUUAUUAACAGGACAACAUUACAUAACCACACUUAGGAGUUCUGGGCCUGAAUAAAAGCUGGAUCAAUUAUCUGGCAUUUAAAGCUGCAGGAGGUCAUUUUUAUUUGCAUGAGGAAGAGUACACGUUUUAUGUGCCUCUUUAUGCAUCUGGCCCCAGGUGUGGACUCCUAAAACUGGUACCACCCUGCACUCAAAAGCCGACAGUAUGUUCAAGACAAAACUGGCUGCGGUUCAAACAAAAUGGACAAAAAGAAGAAAUAAACAUUUUAUUGAUAUUCCUCAAAACAAAAUUUUUACACAGACCAUAAAUAUGACAGACCAACUACAAGUGAGCAUGUGUUAGUUCAUUUAUUCUCUUCAA